UCCAUCCAUCAUGUCCCCAGAGACGUCCGUGUUAUUACUCUGGUUGGUUCUCAUACAAGAAGGAGCCUCCAUCAGACCCGUGGUGACCUUCACUCCAAACUACAAGAAGAUAUUCACAACGGAGUCUAUAACAAUGACCUGUGAUGUGGAGGCUACUAGAGGAGAAGAUCUGAAGUAUAAAUGGUACAAAGACCAUAUGCAAGUGCACAGUGGAAAAUCCUAUACAAUACAAAAUGCUGGAACAUCACACAGUGGAAAUUACGAAUGUCAGAUCAGUACUGGAGAAAUAAGUGACCCCGCUAGACUGGAUGUUAGUAAUGGUUGGCUCAUCCUGCAGACCCCUCUAUAUGUCUAUGAAGGAGAUGAGAUGAAGUUACGAUGUCACCACUAUCCUGGAUAUGUAGCAAGACAGAUAACGUUUUACAAAGAGAGCAAAGUCAUUACAGGCCGGAGCGCUGAUGAGGAAUUUCAUAUUAGUAAUGUAGACAGUACAAGUACCAGGAAAUACAAAUGUACAAAAGAAGUCUAUUAUCAUCCAUUGUCUGCAUGGUCUGUAUGUGCAGCUGAAGCUUCUGUAUCUGUAGAAGAGCUGUUCAAGACUCCGACCAUAAAAGUGACCCCACGCCCAGUUUUUAAGAAGGAAAACAUGACCCUAAAAUGUGAGACAAGUCUCCAUCCAUCCAGAAAGAACACUCGGCUACGGUUUACUUUCUAUAGAGAAGGACGAGUUAUUCAGGGAUCUGGUGACAAGGACAUCUAUGAAGUCUCCAUGGUACAGCUGGAGCAUUCUGGGAAAUAUUCAUGUGAAGUGCAAACCACAGAUGGAAGAGUGAGGAAGAAAAGUGCAGAGGAACCAAUCCAGAUAGAAGAGCAAUUCUCAUAUCCAAAUAUAACGGUGACCAAAAAUCUAACAGCUGAAGGAGAUGCCAUGACCCUGACAUGUGACACGACUAUACAUAUAAAGCCUACAGAAGUGCAGUUUGCUUUCUACAGAGAUGGACGGGAGGUUCGAGGAUUUAAUUUAUCUAACAAAUAUGAAGUUCAGUUUGCUCAGCAGGAGGAUUCUGGGAAUUAUACCUGCGAAGUAAAAAACACAAUCAACACUACCAUGAAGACAAGUGAUAGGUACAACGUAUGGGUAGAAGAGCUCUUCUCUCCUCCAGUACUGAAAGUAUCUCCAGAGUUGGUCAACCAGGGGGAGAACAUGAUUCUAACUUGUGACACAAAUCUUAGUGAACAUAGGCAGACUACAGAACUGCAGUACGCCUUCUACAGAGACGGGGAAAACAUUCAAGGGUUCACCUCUUCUAAUAUAUAUGAGGCUAAAUUCAUGAAGGAGGAAAAUUCUGGGACAUAUACAUGUGAGAUACAAGCAUCAAACGGCAGUGUAAAGAAGAGGAGCAAGGAAGUUCAGAUAGAAGUGUCAUAUCACUCUUCUCUAAUGAUCAUACUAUCUGUAAGUUUGGGGCUGCUCCUACUCAUCGUCAUCAUCUCUAUCUUUGUGUCUGUAUACAAUAAACGCCGAUCAUCCAACAAUAACCCUCAGCCACCAACAGACGCUGAUGAAUACUCUGAUGCAGAUAAUGAAUACUCUGAUGCAGAUAAAAUUACUUAUACAAACCUUGCCAUGACUAGGGGGCCACAGAAUGAUGUUCCAGAAAACAAUGGAUCUGAUGUUGUCUAUGCUGUAGUAAACUCCAAGGCUAAACUACAAGCCAAGGCUUCCCAAAGAAUGUCUGACACUUCAACCGACGUCUAUCAGAACAUCGGCUCCAAUAGAUGAAAUCAUCUCCAAAUGUGACCAUCAAGAAGAAAAAAAAACAAAAAAAAACACAAUUGUAUAAAUCAGCAAAAUUGAUGCACGUAGUGGAGAACAUAGUUUUUGCCUCUAUAUACAUUACUACACCACCAGAAUGAAGACAGGUUAAAUCUACUUAUUAUGUACAACUAUAUCAGUAGUCAGCACAGAAAUCUAUUUUCCUCAAAGAGACAAUCGGCCGUUUUUACCUUCCUGUGGAUCAACAUUGUAUUGUAUUUAGCUGAACUUUUUAGCCUUUUUGUGCCUUAACCUCCCUGGCGGUAAUCCCAAGUGUGGAUCGGGGUUAACUUUCACUGCCAGAAGCGGUAACCCCAAAUCACACUCGGACCGCAAAACACCGACGCUGCACAUGGCCGGCACUUACAUAGAAAAGUCCUAUUCUUGUCCGCAGCUGUGGACAAGAAUAGGACAUGUUCUAUUUUCUUGCGGAGCUGCGGACAGGACGUUCAAGGCCGCGCUCCGGAAAUACAGAUGCGGAUAGCACACUGUGUGCUGUCCGCAUCCAUUCCUGCCCCAUUGAAAAUUAGGUACAAAAUUACUGACAUAAUCAGACCGCCAGGGAGGUUAAGAACCACGUGACCACACUGCUACCCACCUAUGACAAAGUCAUCUACUGAUCAUACAGCUUAUUUAUUUGCACGACGUAUCAAACAGGGGCUUAAGGCCUCCAUAUUCAAUUGUGUAUUUUGGCGGAACCGGCAAAUAUGGAUCUGAUCACCUGGUCCUUUUGUUUUUCCGGGAGAUGCGUUGCCGCCAGAAGUGUCUGGCAGUGGCUUUCUCCGCUCUCCCCAUUAAAUACACUUACAUGUUCAGCCGAGUUUGUAUGGCCACCUUUAGGCCUAGGGCAGACUGAGCAGUAGGACAGUUGGCCACUUUAAACACCCCUACAUAAGACGGAGGCCUUCUGUUGCACCUCCAUCUGAAGCAGUCACCUCCAGUUUCAUUCAGCACCCGUCUAGUACGCAUUUGUCUCAGAAUUUCAUCUGCAAGAUCUGAAAUGUUGAAACAAAAUAUGCAACAAUGCUGUGGAUUCAAGGCAAGCUGCAGAUUUUCUUCACCGAAUCCACAAUGAAACCUGCAUAUACCACAAGUGGAUUUGACUGCAGAGUUUGGCGGAGAUUUUUAGUUUGAAUCAACAGUGUAAUUUUUACUCUAUGAACUUAAUCCCAAUGAGCUGGGUGCCUCACAUUAAUUAUGGCAACUGGACUUAUUGUAGUUAUCUUGAAAACGUUUCACUCGUUCUUCCAACGAGCUUUCUCAAUUCUGAGUGACUGUACAAGAAUUCUCUGGAAAUAAAUAUGUAACUGAAUCAACAUCUGGUAAUUAUACCCAGCAUGGGGUCAGAGGUGUUGAUUCCUUUAUCCUAAUUGGAGUCAGUAGGUGAUAAUGACCUCCCUUGGUUGAUAUUGUUGG